UUUGUAAAAGUAUCGUUAUCCCUUUACCUUCUCUCCAGCCCCACGCACAGGUUAUGCAGUUCCUCAGAGGUUCCUGGAAGCUGCAACAAUGGAGCUCAAGUCACUCGCCAAUCCAUUCCCGUACGCUUCCCCGUCUCCAAUAUGCCGGCGUCCACCGGACCCGAAGAAGAAGAUCCGGCCGGCGCGCCGCAGCAGGGCUCCGUAUCUGAAGUCGACCUGCGCGCUCUCCAGGCGGAGGGCGGUCUCAGACAUGGCGGUUGUCGGCGCAGUGGCCCUCUCCACGCCCACGCCGGCGCUAGCAGAGCAGCCUGACGUCACCAGGUACCGGAAGGUGGGGAGUGGAGUCAUACUCGAAGAUGUCGUCGAGGGGGAGGGGCCCGAGGCGCGGGAGGGCGACCUGGUGCAGUUCAACUACGUGUGCCGCCGCGCGAACGGCUACUUCGUGCACAGCACGGUGGACCAGUUCAGCGGCGAGAGCAGGCCGGUGACGCUCGCGCUCGGCGGUGAAGAGAUGAUCCGAGGCCUGAGAGACGUCCUGAUUGGGAUGAAGUCCGGAGGCAAGAGGAGGGCUCUGAUCCCUCCUGAAGCAGGCUACGUCAGCGAGACACUGAAGCCCAUACCGGAGGAGUUUGGACCGAGGCGAAGCCUGCUGUCCCACGCCAAGGAGCCGCUGGUGUUCGAGGUUCAGUUGCUCAAGGUCCUGUGAUGCUGCGUUCAUGGUGCCAUCGUCGUGGCCAGUUCGUUGUGAACUUAAAUGUUCUUCCUUUGGAAACGAAAUGCCGUUCACUUCAGAAUGGUUCUGCUCUGGAAUGGAAAAGCGAAUGGUUUUUUUUUUUGUGUGGAUUUCCUCAUGACCAUUUGCAGAUACUGCCGAAAACCUGUCACUCGGCAUAGAUGUUCGUGGCACUGCAGCAGCCAGCAGCAGCAGCCGAAUGUCUCCAGUGCUGGGGCCUGGAAUGGAUUUCCUACUUCUUAAUUUAAGGCUCUCUUUUAUAUUGAUAGUUUGAU